AUGGACGGAGGUAGGUUCUCCAAUAAUCAAUGUAUACUUCCGAAUGGUCAAGUGUACGGUAGAGCAUAUCGUAAGGAAUUCCGAAUGAUGACUGACGACGAACGCCUCAGAUUCCGCAACGCUAUGUGGGGUAUUCGUAGCACGCAGUAUUUGGCCCUGUCGAGACUGCAUUCCAGCUACGUGACAUCACCAGCUGCUCAUUCUGGACCAGCGUUCCUUCCAUGGCAUCGAGAGUUCAUUAAA